AUGGCCUCAACAAUUACAACAACAAUCAAGGCAUUCGCCUUGAUAGCUAUCACCAUGGCAAUGGCCCUCAUCGCGCUUAGUUCUAUCAGUACAAGUUAUAAUCAACUCGAGCACCAUGUCGAAGAAGAGGGCAACAACGCGUUGUUACUCCCUUCUAAGAGGAUAAGCCGAUUUUUAGGAGAGAGCAAUAAUUUUUAUCACCAUGGAAGAAGCUUAAAACCAGCCGAUCAUUGUCACAAGGACAACGAGGUUUGUGACAUAAAUUAUGGGAAGAAUUUUACAUGUUGUGGGAAUAAGUGUUUUGAUCUUACCAUUGACAAGAAACAUUGUGGAGAUUGCCAUAACAAGUGUAAAUUCACUUAUGACUGCUGUAAUGGAAAGUGUGUAGAUAAAACCUAUGACAAGAGGCAUUGUGGGAGAUGCAACAACAAGUGCUUGGUUGGACAAUCCUGCGUUUAUGGGAUGUGUGACUAUGCUUAAUUCAUGUUAAUGUAUGUAGUGCUCUCAAAGACAUAUAUUUAUAUCUUGGCUAAGAUCGGAAUAAAUCCCCUUUGAGCUAGUA